AUGAGAAUCGCGAUAGCUGGAACCGGCGAUCUCGCCCGCUACUUCUACGCCUCCCUCCGGCACCACAACCACACCCCAAUCGCACUAACCCGCUCCCCCAAACCCUUCCUCGACAAGCUCUCCAUCGAGCAACGAGUAACAGACUACACUGUACCAUCAUUGACAUCCCACCUCUCGGACUGCGACGCCGUCAUCUCCACGAUCUCCGCACAACCACCGGACCACAUAACCGCACACCUUGCCCUCCUCUCCGCAUGCAGACUCUCCCCGCGCUGUAAACGCUUCAUCCCCUCCGAAUGGACGGGGAACAUCGAGAAACAUCCUGAGUUGGAACCGAGGUAUAUGCACGAUACGCGCGAGCCGAUUCGGCAGGCGUUGAGGGAGCAAGAUGAGGUUAUGUGGACGAGUGUGCUUGUCGGGUGGUUUGCAGAGUAUCUUCUCCCGGUGAAACAUGAGGGGAGGUAUUUUGGGGCGUUGACGGCUGGGUGGCCGGUUGAUUUCGAGAAGAGAGUGUUUGUGCUUUAUGGGGACGGGGAAGGGAGGGUUACUUUGACGAGUGCUUGGGAUGUUGUUGGGGCUGUUGUGGGGUUGAUUGAGAGUGAAGAUGAGAAGAGCUGGGAGGAGUAUACACAUAUCGAAGGGGAGACGGUUUGUUGGACAGACCUGUUAGCGCUUUUGCAGGAGAGGAGUGAAGGUGAAGAGUGGACGGUUGUGAGUAGAGGAUAUGAGGAUGCGGUUAAGCAGGUAGAGGAGGCGGAGGAGAGUGGUGAAUAUGGGAGUAAGGUGGAGGCGCAGUUGCAGUUGCUCGGAUAUACAAGUUUUAACAGUGUUGAUGCUGAGAAGGCAAAGAGGCAGAGGGAGGUUUAUUUUCCUGGGGUGCGGGUGCGGGGUAUUGAGGAAGCUUUGGAUGAGGUUAAGGCGAGUGGAAAGAGUGCGGUAUAA